GUGGAAAUAGAGCGGGAACGUGAACCAGCUUCGUGCGUUACUUCUUCUUCUUCUUCUUGUUUUUCCUCCUCCUCCUCCUUCCAACUCCAUUUCUAGGCAAUCUAGUUUCUUCGUCUCAGGAGCUGAAAAGCUGCAUCAGUGAUGGCUCCGCCUAGCGAGACUCCAGUCAAGGGUGCUGACUCCCAGCCUCGCUCACAAGCACCGCUGAAUGAGAGAAUCCUUUCAUCCUUGACCAGGAGGUCUAUUGCUGCGCACCCUUGGCAUGAUCUUGAGAUAGGACCUGGAGCUCCAAAAACUUUCAACUGUGUGAUUGAAAUUGGUAAGGGGAGCAAGGUGAAAUACGAACUUGACAAGAAAACUGGACUUAUCAAGGUUGACCGUGUGCUGUACUCAUCGGUUGUGUAUCCCCACAACUAUGGUUUCAUUCCCCGCACUCUCUGUGAGGACAACGACCCCUUAGAUGUCUUAAUCAUCAUGCAGGAGCCUGUUCUUCCAGGAUGUUUCCUUCGGGCUAAAGCCAUCGGCCUUAUGCCUAUGAUUGAUCAGGGUGAGAAAGAUGACAAAAUAAUUGCUGUUUGCGCUGAUGAUCCUGAGUACCGACACUACAAUGACAUCAAGGAACUCCCCCCUCACCGUCUGGCCGAGAUUCGUCGCUUCUUCGAAGACUACAAGAAAAAUGAGAACAAGGAAGUUGCAGUGAACGAUUUCCUCCCAGCUUCUGCUGCCCUGAAAGCAAUUCAGCAUUCCAUGGAUCUGUAUGCAACCUACAUCGUGGAGAACUUAAGGCGGUAGAGUCGUCUCCGAUCAGCGAAGGAUGCCAAAAAACUGCAAUAUUAUCUUUUAUAUGGAUGAUGACGAUAGUAUGAAGUCCUUUCCAUGUGACAAAUACUCGUAUAGUUCUGUACUUUUGCUACUCUCAGGAGUUACCGUAGUAAUAUGUUGUCUUUGCAUUUUGUGGAUGGAUUAGCAUCACGGUAUGCUCAUGUUUACAGUUGAAGGGAAGAAAUGGUUCCCCCCUUGUAGAUUGUUUUGUUGUAAUGUCACUUGCUUUUGGUCCAUUUUUAGUAUUCCACGCCUACAAUUUGUUCAACUAUACAUUGGUAAUUCACCAGUUGUUUUUACA